AAACGCACAGUAUUCAGAAAACAUGGAGCUCAGCACAGUCCUGUUUCUUGUUUUGGUCCUGUUGGGCUACCUUUGGUGGAAGGUGACUCGCCCAAAGUCCUUCCCUCCAGGUCCCCUGGCUCUGCCCAUCGUAGGGAACUUACUGCAGCUGGAUUUUUCCAAUUUCCUCAAAAGUUUAAAGGAGUUUUCUAAGGUGUACGGUCCUGUGUACAGCAUUUUUAUGGGUUCGACACCAGUUGUGUUUGUCAGAGGUCUUACAGCCAUGAAAGAUGUUCUAGUUGUGAGAGGUCUCGAGUUUGCAGAUAGACCUCAGAACAAAACAUCACGUGAAUUUUUUCAUGAUAAAGUCAUGUAUUCCACUCUAUGUGUUCGUCUCAGCUGUCUGCUUCCAGUUUGGGAGUGCCGCCACCAAGGGACUCGAUUCACCUCCCGAACGGGUUUGGUGAUGGCACCUUAUGGCCGGGCAUGGAAAGAACACAGGCGCUUCACCCUGUCCACACUACGAGAUUUUGGUGUUGGUAAAAAUUCGAUGGAGGAAAAGAUUGCCAACGAGAGUGUAUAUUUAAUCCAGGAAUUCAAAAAGAACCAAGAUAUCCUGUAUGACCCACAUUAUAUAGUUGACAACGCUGUGUCGAACAUCAUUUGUUACCUUGUGUUCGGAAGACGUUACAAAUAUGAUGACAACACCUUCAGGACAAUUCUUAAUAUUGUCCAUGAACAAAUGACGCUGAUGACAAGUUUUUGGGGUCAGCUGUAUACUGCUCUGGAAUUCAUUAAAUAUCUCCCUCUGCCACACCGGAAGUUGUUUUCAAAUAUAAAGACUAUUUAUGCAUUUCUUGGAAAUGUCUUGGAGGAGCACAAGAGAAGCAGGAUAGUCGGAGAGCCCAGAGACUACAUAGACUGUUAUCUGGAAGAGCUUGAACAGGAGAAAAAAGAAAGUAACAAUAAACAGACCUUUGGCAAUCAGAAUCUCUUUUCUUGCUUGGUGGAUCUGUUUGUGGCUGGGACGGAGACCACAUCUGCUAGCUUGAAGUGGGCUCUGCUCUACAUGAUGGCAUUUCCAGAUAUUCAAGAAAAAUGUCGCAAUGAAAUAGAUAAAGUUCGGGGAGAUAGAGAGCGGCUUGAUUAUGGAGAUCGAGUGAGCAUGCCGUACACACAGGCUGUCCUACAAGAAGUACAGCGUUUUACCACCAUUGUACCACUAGGAGUGGCUCACAGUACACAAAAGAGUGUGGAAUUGAAUGGUUUUACCAUACCGAAGGGAACCUUUAUUAUGACAGAUCUAUCUUCACUGCACAGUGAUGAGACUUGCUGGAAAUAUCCACAUGAGUUUAAUCCAGAGAAUUUCCUAAAUGACGAUGGGGAACUACUGAAAGCAGAAUCAUUCUUACCUUUCUCUGCAGGCCCGCGAAGUUGUCUUGGGGAAAAUCUUGCUCGUAUGGAAAUAUUCCUAUUUUUUACCGCUUUCCUGACACACUUUGAAUUCCACUGCUCAGACCCAACAUCCCCUCCAGACCUCACACCAGUGUUUGGGAUCACCCAUGUCCCAAAACGCUUUAAGAUGCGCCUUGUAUCACGUUGCUAAAUCUGAUCAUAAAAAAAGGAAAUGAAUGUGUAUGCACAACCGAAUCAUGUAAUUCUCCCAACACAUCAGAGGGCAAAUGGAAUAUAUGACGCCAAUCAAUAUAAAAUGUGAAAAAAGAUUUUAAAAAGUUUACAUUUGUCACUCUGGAAGUAUUAGUACAAUGUUUGAUGUAUCAAUCUUAUGUCCAAAACCAGGACAGCAGGUCUUCUCAGGUCCAAAAGGGAAACAGUAACAAUGAGCACUAAACUAAAUAUCAAGUUAACGGAAAUUCAUUGCUUUUAUUAAAAUGAAUCUAAGAAA